AAACUCAAAUGAAGUUUGGGUUUGAUGUGAAUCAAAUAUAAAAGGGUUCCCAAAAGUUUGAUUGAAUUUUUUUGUAUGAUCAUUGAAAAUAAAGAAAAAUGAAAAGGAAAAUGAAUUAUUUUACAUAGGAAGAGAGCACAAGGUGGGGUUUAAGGUAGAUGUGGUAAGGGCAAUGACGGGACAGUUCGACAAAUAGAGAGAGAAAAAGAAAAAUAGUUUUAAUAUAAGGAUAUUUUAAUUAUUUAUAAAUAUUUAAUUAGAAUUAAUAAUAAUUGACUUAGAAUUGGCCUGGCCUGUGCACACAGUUUACUUGGCAUGUCCAUUUUCGAUUACUAAUAAUUGUCUGAAAGCAAAGCUUUGAUGGGUUUAGGGUUAUUAUAUAAAAGAAGUAAAAAAAAUUGUAAUACGGGCGGUGAAGUGUAGUAAGCAUUGGAAGAGACUCGAGCUAGGGUUCUCCAUUAUCGUCUUCGUGCAGAACCAUCGCAGCCCGCAGCACUCUUCAAACUUGCGCCCCGCGGGUUUCGAUCCCAAGAACUGGACUCCCAGAGAAGAGAGAACCUGUUUUUGCUUCCAAAAAUCUCCCCCACUUAACGGCUUCCAAAGCUCCCGCGUACUCUGAUUCAAACCAAUUGCGAGCACGAUUACUACUCUGUCUGAAUUUAAGUGCGCCAAUUUCACAUGCUCUCUCUGGAAAGACAGUGAUUUGACCAGCAAUGGCCUCGAGAUUCCAGGCGGCGCCGCUCGUGGCCUCGCCGUCUUAUCCCAGCGCCAUUGCCUGGUCCCACGAGAACCUGGUUGCCGUAGCGUCUGGUCAUCUCAUUACUAUCCUGAAUCCGGCCAUGCUGUUUGGGCCUCGAGGAAUGAUCACCAUCCCACCAAGCAAGCCUUUUGCUAUUGGGGUUAUACAAAGAGAGGAAUUGCUAUCUGGUUGCUUGUUACCAAUUUGUUUAUCUCGUGACAUUCGUCCUUGUGUUCGAUCAAUUUCAUGGUCCCCCAUUGGAUUUGCUCCAAACUCAGGGUGUUUGCUUGCUCUUUGCACGACAGAAGGUUGUGUGAAGCUCUAUCGCAUGCCAUAUUGUGAGUUCUCUGCAGAGUGGGUAGAGGUUGCUGAUAUAUCAGAACUGAUGUACAAUUAUUUUGCAAGUGUCAACUAUGGGGAGACAGAUUUUUGUAGUUCAGAAUUUUUUUAUGAGCAAGCAAAUCAAUUCAGCUCUGAGCAUGGGUGUACUGACAACCUUCCAAUCUCUAUUCUAAGGAAGGGAAGCAAGCAUAGAAGAUACAAUGCAUUAACAGUAAUUGAAGAUCCUUCUCCUAGCUCUACCGGACAUACUGAGAAGUUGGCCACUGCCAUGAAGGAAGUAGCUAUUUUCCCUUGCUCACUUUUGCAGGAGGGUUCACUGGUAGAGGUUUUUAGGCUAGAUGGGCACCAAAGAGUUUGGAUAGCAGGCAUACUGGAUCGCUUGGAUGGUGGAAAAGCUCUUGUUGUGUUGCCGGAAACAAAUGGAAAUGGGAAACAAAACGAGUGGAUUGAAAUGGAUCCACAAUGCAGUGGUACCAAUAGUCCGGAUCGCUGUAAAGGUGAUGGUUCAUCUGAUCAAGAGGCUUGUACUCCAAAAAUUCGACCUUGCAUGAAUGUAGGAAAUCUCCCACAGCAGAUGGCAUUUUGUAACUGUCACAGAGUAGGUGAAAUUCUCAAAAUUGGAGACAUGGUAGAAGCAUGGACAAAUGACAGGUGGGUUGAAGGCAUUUUUAAGGGCUUAAAUGAAAAUGGCCUGCUGGUGAAACUAUAUGGGGAUAGUGGAUCAGUCACAUUAGUUGCUAGCUCUGUUAGAUUGGCACCUUUAUGGAUCAAUGAGCAAAAGUCAUGGCAAGUUACUGUAGUCAAGAUUGAAGUGAAGAAUCAAGAGUUAAGCAAGGUAGCUGAUGUCAAAUCUGCCAAUGUAAAAGCAAAUAGUAUGAAUCAAAUUGUUUCUGUGCCUAAUUUUAAAGAAAAAUAUUUGAAGAAAAUACCAGAAAUAUCUGGUCUCCCAUUGAUAACUGCGGAUCAAUAUGCCUCUCGCAGUGCGAUGCUAUCAUCACUUGUUGUUGCUUGGUCGCCGAUUGUGCAGUUGACAUCUGAAACUCGGUCACUGUCAACUGAUUCCUUAUCAAAUCGCUGUUCUAUACUUGCUGUUGGAGGGAAGUCGGGUAAAAUUUCAUUUUGGAGAAUCCUUGAACAAGAGUACUUCUCUGUUUUAAGCAUCAAGGAUUCGACAGCUGCAGUUCUUGUGGGACUUCUUGAGGCUCACAGUUCCUGGAUCACCACAAUUGAUUGGGCCUUAAUGAAUGCAUCUGAUCCUCAGCUAAUAUUGGCUACUGGCAGUUCUGAUGGGAGUGUGAAGAUCUGGCUAGGGUAUAGUCGGGAACUGCUCGAGUCAUCAUCAGUCAAGCAUGCUCCUUUUUCUCUUCUGAAGGAGGUUAUCCCUGUUGAUUCUAUCUCAGUUUCUGUUGUUUCGGUUAUUGUGCCUGUAUGGGCUCCACAAAAGAUGCAGCUGGCUUUUGGUAAAGGAUCUGGAUUGUUUGAUGUGUGGAUUUGUGAUAUAUCUAUAUCCAGCAGCAAAUUUUAUAAAGUUGGUUCAUAUGGUGCACAUGAUAGCAUUAUUACAGGUUUAGCAUGGGCAUUUGAUGGACAUUGUUUGCUCAGCUGUAGCCAGGAUGAUUCUGUGCAUUAUUGGAUCUUACAUGACAAUUUCCUAUCUGAGGCACCCAUUCCAUCUGAUACUCCUGGUGGGAAGAGCUCCAAUGAUGUGCCAAAUGUUUUUGAUUCGUGCUUUGGAUUGGCAGUAUCCCCAGGGAAUCUGGCGGUUGCUAUGGCCCGUAGUUUUGAUACCGAUCUAUUAAAUCCAAUGUAUCAGCAGAGGUCUCACAAAGCUGCUGUUGAAUUCUUCUGGAUUGGUGGGCAGCAACUGGACAUUUUGUCCAUCAGAGACCCUGAUUUUAAUGUUGAAGCUUUUUCUGGUUUCUCUGAAGAGAAAUUAUUUUAUUGGAAGCAUAAUGUUUUAUGGUCCUUACACCAAUACAAGAAUGUGGAUAAGCCUCUGGUUGUUUGGGAUAUUAUAGCAGCAUUAUUGGCAUUCAAGCAGUCUCUGCCCAAGUACGUAGAGCAUGUACUAGCUGAGUGGCUGGUCUCUUGUUUUGGGAUCCAAUCUGGCCUUCCUAUUGCUGAGACUUUGUUACAAGCUCCCACAUUACUCUCAAAAAUAAGUUCCCGUUGUUUGCACCUCCUCAAUGUUAUUUGUCGGCAUGUAGUUCUUGCGGAGCUGAAGGCAGAGAACAUUAACUGCAAUCAAAAGGAUUUAGAAGUAUUAUGUGGUAAUGAAGCGGGAUACCUUUCUUUAUGGCUGGAGCUGCUGCUGUGCAGUGAAAGGGAACUCCGAGAGAGGCUUGUUGCUUUUAGUUUUUCUGCCAUUUUAAGCCCCAUUUCCCAUUCAUCCACAACUUUUGGCAAUAUAUGCUGGCGUCCUGUUGGGGUAGCACAAAUGGAGCAAUGGGUUGCACUUAACAAUGAUCAUAUAGGGAAUCUUCUGAAGCUGCUUGCUGCAGAAGUUGGAAAGCUUAAGAAAAGUAAGCACCACACCAUGAGCGAAUCUGUAGCUGAAGAGCAAUGUAGCUACUGUUCAUCACCCGUUCCAUAUGAAUCUCCAGAAGUUGCUUUCUGCCAAGGUGUAAAUUGCAGUGGUGGCGGCGCUGGUCCGAGCCAUAAACUGUUUCGAUGUGCUGCUUCCGUGCAGGUCUGCCCUACCACUCCUUCAUGGUUUUGUUCGUCUUGUCAGAGAUGGGUGUCAAAACUAGCACCCCAGGCUCUAUUCAAAUUGCCCUCUUAUCCUUCACAUCUCAAUUUUUCUACUGAAUCUUCAAAUCUAGAAUUACUCCAAAAACCCUUGUGUCCCUUUUGUGGGAUACUGCUUCAGAGACUACAGCCAGUAUUUCUGCUCUCCCUAUCACCAGUAUAAAGUGAGUUUUUCUGUAGAAUAAAAUGUAUUCUUAGUGAUGAUUCGCCAUGUCAAUGUGGCAACCUUGGAGCAAGGAUGUCCUAAAUGUAUGCCUGCGCUUUGGAUUAUUGCCCCAUAACUAUCAGCAUCAAAAGUAGAAAGAACAAUGGAAGUCGAGGAAUCAUCAUCAGCCCAAGCGAAGAUGUUAAGGCUGAAUUCUCUCAGGAACAACAACAACAACAACAAAAGUCGAGGAAUCCUGGCCAAGUGGAUGAAAAAGGAACCCCUAUUCUCACGGCCUAUAUAGUUCACAGGGGUUGCCCUGGAUUGACCUUUCUGGAUCGUCAAACAAGUUUAUAGAGUCUCCACCCGUCAUCAGCUUGCAUUUUGUGUAACGUGACGGUAAUAUAACUUCUAGUCUCUUUUUUCUUUGGUUCCAAAGGUCAAAUCCCUUACCUUUAAGGGCCUUGUAAUUCAGCCCCAAAAUUACAGCAGGGAAGGUAAAUUAUGGAACUCAGCAGCGAGAAUCGAACAUGGGACCCUUCGCUGGCUAUAUAGUAGCUAAAGUUUAGGGCUUUUUGGUUUAAACUUAUGUACAAUUUCAACUGCUGGCCUGCGAGGCUUUUAGUCUCUUUUUCUUUUCAUAUAUUUUCGAGGACAUGGCACUCACAUCGUAGCUUACUCUUGAUAGUGCUGUUUUUUUACUCUUAACAGGUUUUAUGUAAAAAAAUUAUUUACAUGCA